AUGAAAUUCGGCAAAAGCUUAAGCAACCAGAUUGACGAAACGUUACCUGAAUGGAGAGACAAGUUUCUCUCUUACAAAGAACUCAAGAAAAGACUGAAACUCAUUGAACCAAACAACAACAACAACACAAGCAAGAAUAACGGAGACACCCGGCCAAUGAAAAAGCCGAGGUUGGCCGCCUCCGCCGCCGAUGCCGGUGCUGGAGAUAGCAUGGAAGGAGGUAUGACAAAAGAAGAGAUUGACUUCAUUAAGCUAUUAGAAGACGAGCUUGAGAAAUUUAACAGCUUUUUUGUUGAGAAAGAAGAAGAAUACAUCAUCAAAUUAAAGGAGUUGCAAGAUAGUGUGGCAAAGGCAAAGAAUUUCAAUGAAGAAAUGAUAAAAAUUAGGAAGGAGAUUGUAGAUUUCCAUGGAGAGAUGGUUUUGCUGGAGAAUUACAGUGCUCUGAACUACACAGGAUUGGUAAAAAUACUGAAGAAAUAUGAUAAAAGAACCGGUGCUCUCAUUCGCUUGCCCUUUAUCCAGAGGGUUUUGCAACAGCCUUUCUUCACCACUGAUUUGCUCUACAAGCUUGUUAAAGAGUGCGAAGCAAUGCUCGACCGCCUUUUCCCAUUGAACGAACCACCAUCUUCAGUUGAAGCAGCUGAUGGGGAUGACUCAUGCGAUCCUUCAACCUCUUCGACCACCACAGAUGGUGGCAUGCUUGGUUUCCCGAAGGAACUUUCAGAGAUUGAGCUUAUGGAGAGUUCAUAUAUGAAAAGCACCAUAUCUGCUUUGCGAGUUCUAAAAGAAAUCCGAAGCAAAAGCUCCACUGUUAGUGUUUUUUCAUUGCCACCACUUCAAAUAAGUGGGUUGGAAGAUGCUUGGAAGAAGGUUCCUAUACUGGAACAAGAAGCCAAGUGA